AUGCAUUUUUUGAGAAUUAGGGCUUUUGGGAUCUUUGGAUCAUCGAAAGCAUAUUUAAAUGCUCGACCAAGAGGUUCUAGAGUCGUGCGACAGUCGAGCAGAGGCAUUGCUGGUCGUUCUGGUCGGUUCGCUGGCAUAAGCACGUUCAGAAGGAGCUUUUCAGUCAUUGCAGCAGCAGCAGUCGUUACUAUAGGAGCGGCCGGUUUGUAUUCAGGUUUGAUAGAGAAUGCAACAAAGGAGGAUAUGUUAAAAAAACCAAUCAGCCCACAUGAAGUAGCCAAACAUAAUAGCAAGCGCGAUUGCUGGGUUGUUAUCAACGGAUAUGUCUACGAUUUGACAGAUUUCAUUCCGGCACAUCCGGGUGGUCCGGGGGUUAUUUCCGUGAACGCUGGUAAAGAUGUUACGGCAAUGUUCGAACCUAUCCAUGCUCCCGAUGUAAUUGAAAAGUAUAUUCCAAUUGAGAAAAGACUGGGUCCAUUACAGGGAGAAAUGCCAAAAGGGUUGGUUUGUCCACCAUUUGCACCGGGCGAAUCUUAUGACGACUUGUAUGCUAAGCAGGAACUUAGAAAUCGACUACCACCGCUAGAUAAUAUAUCUAAUGCUUAUGAUUUUGAGCAUCUGGCAUCAAAGGUUUUGACGAAACAAGCGUGGGCCUACUACUCAUCAGGAGCAGAUGAUGAAGUUUCCAUGAGAGAAAAUCAUUCUGCAUAUCAUAGAAUCUUCUUCAAACCGAGGAUUCUUGUUAAUGUUAAGGAUGUUGACACUUCAACGAAGAUGUUGGGGACAGAAGUUGAUCUUCCCUUUUAUGUGUCCGCAACUGCGUUAUGUAAACUAGGAAAUCCAAAAGAGGGUGAAAAGGAUAUUGCUCGUGGUUGCGGUUCGGGACCGAAGAAAAUUCCUCAAAUGAUUUCGACACUUGCUUCCUGUUCUCUUGAGGAGAUUCUCGAUGCUGCUCCAUCAAAGGAUCAAAUUCAGUGGUUUCAAUUAUAUGUUAAUAGUGAUAGAAAGAUAACUGACGAUCUGAUUCGUAAGAGUGAAGAACUGGGUUUGAAAGCUCUCUUUGUGACCGUAGACGCUCCAGCUCUCGGAAAUAGGGAGAAGGACGCCAAAGUAAAGUUCUCGUCAAAGAAACAUGGUCCUCAAAGUAUGUCGAAAAUGAAAUCGGAUGGUGAAUCAAACGGCGCAUCAAGGGCUUUAUCAUCAUUUAUAGAUCCGUCUUUGUCAUGGGAUGAUAUCAUUGAGUUCAAGAAGAAAACAAAGUUGCCAAUAGUCAUUAAAGGAGUCCAAAGGGUCGAAGAUGUUAUCAAAGCCGUGGACAUAGGUGUUGCCGGCGUUGUACUCUCAAACCAUGGUGGCCGUCAACUGGAUUUUUCAAGAUCCCCAGUGGAAGUUCUUGCCGAAGCUGCGCCAAUUAUAAAAGAUCGUAAACUGGAUCAAAAGUUCGAGCUUUUCGUUGAUGGUGGUGUUUGUCGUGGAACAGACAUUCUAAAGGCGUUAUGUUUGGGAGCUAGUGGUGUGGGUAUAGGACGUCCAUUUCUGUAUGCUAAUUCUACUUAUGGUGAAGCUGGUGUCAGAAAACUAAUUGAAAAGCUAAAUUUCGAGCUUGAAAUAUCUAUGAGGUCCUUAGGUGUCAAUAGUCUCAAAGAUUUGAAUCCAGAUUUGCUAGACUUGACAGCCUUGAAAAACAGAUCAGUAUUGGUGCCUACGGAUUACUUAUACGCGGAAGCGUACGAAAAAGGGACCUUGGCUGAGUUUCAACCGCAAUCCGCUUAA